AUGGAGAAACCACCGUCUUUGAUAUGUUCGCAAUCCACAAAUUCUAAUGGAAUCCAAUUUAAUUAUGAGCUGGAUGAGGAUAUUGUCAAUAACUUUGUCGCCGCUGCGCCGAUCCCGACAUAUUCCU